CGCAGUGCGUUGCGCUCGUGCCUUGCUGGAGUCCUCACGCUCACACUCACAAACACACACACGCAACGGGAUGCGCUACUCGACAGCGGCGCGCGCGCUGCUCCCUUUGCUGGUAGUGUGCGCGAGCUUGCGGCUCGCGGCGGCAGACUGGGAGCUGACGCUCUUGCACACCAACGACGUGCACGCGCGGGUCGAGGAGACCAACAAGGACUCGGGCAAGUGCACGAAGGGAGAGUGCUUCGCCGGUGUCGCGCGGCGUUCCACGAAGAUCAAAGAGAUCCGGAGCAAGGAGAAGAACGUGCUGCUGCUGGACGCAGGGGAUCAGUUUCAGGGCACCGUCUGGUUCAACGUCUACAAAGGCGAUGAGGCGGCGCACUUCAUGAACAAACUCCAAUACGAUGCCAUGGCUUUGGGAAACCACGAGUUUGACAAUAGAGUGGAAGGUCUCAUACCCUUCCUGCAGAAGGUGAAGUGUCCUGUACUCAGCGCUAACAUCAAGGCGGUUGAGCCUGUUGCGUCAAAUAUUAGCGGAUAUUUUUCACCUUAUAAAAUCUUAAAUGUAACCUCUGAGAAAGUGGGUAUAGUGGGAUACACUACCAAGGAGACUCCAGCUCUGUCAUUGCCAGGGCCGUACCUGCAUUUUGAGGACGAGGUCGUAGCCGUGCAGCGGGAGGUAGACAAACUCAUCGCUCUCGGCGUUAACAAGAUCAUCGCCCUCGGCCAUUCUGGAUUUGACACGGACAAAGAGAUCGCCAAAAAGGUCCGUGGAGUGGACGUGGUGAUUGGAGGACACACCAACACUUUUUUAUACACAGGGGCUCCCCCAUCCAGCGAGGUUCCAGCAGGACCCUACCCAUUAAUGGUACAGUCCGAUGAUGGUCGCAAAGUGCCAGUGGUCCAGGCGUACGCCUUUGGGAAAUACCUUGGCUAUCUCAAAGUGACUUUCGAUUCUGCUGGAAACGUGAUAAAAGCGGAAGGAAAUCCAAUCCUCCUAAAUAGCAGCGUAACCGAAGAUCCCAGCAUUAAGGCAGAUGUGGAUACCUGGAAGGUCAAAUUGGCCAAUUACUCAGCUCAGUUUGUGGGAAACACUCUGGUCUACCUGAACGGGACAUUUGAAGAGUGUCGAUUUCGGGAAUGCAACCUGGGAAACUUGAUCUGCGAUGCCAUGGUCCAUCACUACAUCAAAUAUCCGGAUGAACUCCAGUGGAACCAUGUUAGUUCCUGUAUUUUAAACGGAGGGGGCAUACGAUCCUCCAUUGAUGAGAGAAGCAGAAAUGGUAGCAUCACUAUGGAGGACGUGUUGACCGUGCUGCCGUUUGGAGGAACAUAUGAUCUGGUUCAACUGAAUGGCUCGACUCUUCUCCAGGCCUUCGAGCACAGCGUCCACAGAUAUGGAGGAAACACUGGGGAGUUCCUACAGGUCUCAGGCUUUCAGCUGGAGUACGACCUCACCAAGCCCUCUGGUCAUCGUGUGAUCAAGGCGAGAGUGUUAUGUACCGAGUGUCGAGUGCCACACUACGAGCCCCUGGACGCUACAAAAGUCUACAGGGUGGUGAUGCCAUCCUACCUAGUGGACGGAGGAGACGGUUUCUCAAUGAUCAAGCAGCAGAUCCUGAAACAUGAUAGUGGUGACCUCGACAUAUCCGUCUUUUCUCGCUACAUCACAGAGAGGCAGAGGGUUCACCCAUCCGUGGAAGGACGAAUCCGUCUCCUAAAUUCUGCCGUGGAAAUCUCAAACUCUUCCUCCUACACCCUCUGCGUCGUGAUUCUCAUUAUUGUGGGUGUUAUGCUCAUUAUGUUGGCUGGUGUCUACUACUACAGAAGGAAAGGUCUUGUUGAUGAUAAGGUUACAGUACAGUACAGAAGAGCUAUAGAUGGAGAUGAAAAACUGAAUGACCAAACCACAGUAACGAGUUCCUGAUUGUACAGUAUUGGACAUCCACCCGAGCCUGGUUAUUUUUUU